UAUGUCAUUCCCCACUCGUAUUCAGGAAAGCCCCGCCUCCACUGCGUUGUGAUUGGCUGAUAGUUCAGACCCGCUGCUUGUCGGAAUACGGGUGGGAAAACAGAACUCAGCAUCUCUCACAGCCUUCACACGCCGUUCAUCUGAGGGAAGGAGACGAGGGAACCGCGGCACUCACCUCUGCAGCGAUGUCGGAACAGAGCAUUCACCUCCCCAAUGUGGGGAGUUCCGGGAACGGAAAGCUUGAGCUGAGCGCCUCCUCUUCCUCCUCCUCAUCCUCUCGUCGUGGGGCUACUGUUAGCUUCCAUAAGAUCCACUAUGCCGUGGAAAUGAAGAGUGGCUGGCUGUGUAAAAGGAAGGUCACCCACAAAGACAUCCUCAUUGACAUCAAUGGGAUUAUGAGGCCUGGAAUGAAUGCCAUAUUAGGAGCAACUGGGAGUGGAAAAUCAUCGUUUCUGGACGUACUGGCGGCGAGGAAAGACCCUAAAGGAUUGUCUGGAGAAGUGCUGAUAGAUGGAGCACCACAACCUCCCGACUUCAAAUGCCUGUCUGGAUAUGUAGUACAGGAUGAUGUUGUCAUGGGAACGCUAACAGUGAGGGAGAACUUGCGUUUCUCAGCAGCGUUGAGGCUUCCAAUGUCAGUCAGUCAGAAGGAGAAAGAAGAAAAAGUGCAACAACUGAUUGAAGAGCUGGGACUGACUAAAGUAGCUGACUCACGGGUGGGCACGCAACUGAUACGAGGGAUUUCAGGAGGUGAGAGGAAGAGGACCAACAUCGGAAUGGAACUCAUCAUCGAUCCUUCUGUUCUCUUUCUGGAUGAACCCACAACAGGACUGGACGCCAGCACAGCUAAUUCUGUACUGUCAUUGCUGAAGAGGAUGUCGAAUCAUGGUCGGACCAUUAUCUUGUCCAUCCACCAGCCACGUUACUCUAUAUAUCGACUGUUUGACAGCUUGACUCUUCUGGCUAGCGGUAGACAGGUUUACCAUGGACCUGCGCAGAGCGCACUGGAUUACUUCAGUGAAAUAGGAUUCAUCUGUGAACCUCACAACAACCCUGCUGACUUCUUCCUGGACGUCAUUAAUGGAGACUUUUCUGCAGUCAAUCAAAACAGACUUGAAGAGACAGAAGAGCUGAAUGUGGAGCAGUACACGUCAUCUCGCCAGAACAUCGAGCAGAGGCUGAUGGAAGAGUAUAAAAAGUGGUCUUACUACAAAGAGACCAAAGAAGAGCUGGAGAAGAUCAUGCAGGGCCGGAACUACAGCGAGAAGCCCAAAACUCGCACCAUCACCUACAAGACCUCCUUCAACCACCAGUUCAAAUGGGUGCUGAAAAGGACCUUCCGUAACCUCAUGCUUAACCCACAGACCUCCUUCGCUCAGAUGGGAGUCACACUUUUCUUAGCUCUGAUUGUUGGUGCUAUCUUUUUCAAUGUGCCAAGCACCUCGGAAGGGAUUCAAAACAGGAUGGGCUCCCUGUUCUUCAUCAUUACUAAUCAGUGUUUCAGCUCUCUGUCCUCCGCUGAGCUUUUCAUCACGGAACGCAAACUCUUCCUGCAUGAAUAUGUUAGUGGCUACUACAGAGUGUCUGUGUAUUUCCUGAGUAAGAUUCUCUCUGACAUUCUCACACUGCGCACCGUCCCUGCGAUCAUCUUCAGCUGUGUGGCCUACUGGAUGAUAGGGUACAAAGCAAAUGCUGGAGCAUUUUUUUUCUUCAUGUUAUCUGUUGCCAUGACUGCCUACACGGCAACAUCCAUGACAAUGGCCAUCUCUGCUGAUCAGAAUGUGGUGGCCAUCGCCAACAUCUUCAUGACCAUCAGCUUUGUGUUCAUGAUGAUUUUCUCAGGCUUGCUAGUAAAUUUGCCCAGCAUUGCUGACUGGCUGAACUGGUUAAAGUAUCUGAGCAUCCCUCGUUAUGGUUUGACGGCUCUCCAGGUGAACGAGUUUGUUGGGCAGAGGUUCUGUAACACUGUUACGAACAAUCAAACUGAUUUUAACACUACAGCCGGACAAAUUAGUGUUUGUUCAACAGGCGAGGAUUUCCUGACUGAGCAGGGCAUUGACUACUCUACAUGGGGCAUGUGGCAGAACCAUGUUGCGCUGGGCUGCAUGAUAAUCAUAUUCCUGAGCAUUGCAUACUUGAAACUGCGUUUCAUCAAGAAGUUUACAUAGACACACAAACACAUUCUGUCUUGAUACGCAUGUACCCGUCACAUUCUGCAGCAGAGAGAAUGUUUGAAUCAUCCUGAGUUUUUCCUUUUACACUGUGCUGCUAAGACCACCCCAGUAAUCCAUUCAUGUUCUUUAAGCCUGUGAAUAAAUGACAGGUAUGUCUUUGUAAAUUAAGUUUGCACUCCCCUUACAUCACUCAGGACUGUCAUACUCGAGCACAAAUGAUGCCAAUGAAGAAAAAAUACACUGUAAAUGUUUUAAAAAUUAUGCACUUUUUUAUAUAUAUAUAUUUUUUUUUGUUCAGAUUUUUGUACACAGGAGUUCAGUAACAAAUUAUAAGUUGUUUUGCCUUCCUGCUAAGUUUAAGUCCAGCUCAGACCUUACUGUAAUACUAGAGUAAUACCUUUCUUAGCUUGACUGAAUUGACCUGUCAUUAAAAUUGCUUGUUUCAUAGCAACUGGACAUGCUUUACAGAACAUUGCCAAAAGUCCCAUCUAACCUACAGAAAUUACAGUGGGUAACUCAGUGUUUAUUGAGAAAGAAAUUUAGAGUAGGCCUGUCAGAAUCAUUAAAUUUAGCUUUUGUUUAAUUGCCAUAUAAGUAUUUGAGAUUAACAGUUAAAUUAUCUGUUCUGCUUAUUGUAUGCUGCUGCUAAGUCUGAACCCUAAAGUGGCAAAUUGGCUGAUUAGAUAUUUUGUGUCUUAGCUGUUCUCAACUGAAGACAGGCACAGCUAGAGCUCAAAUAAACAAACACUACUCACUGCCGCCCUCUAAAGGUGUUAUUAACAAAUAAACAAAUAUUACUCACCGCAGCCCGCUGAAGGUGUCAACAAACAUCAAAUAAACAAAUAUCAUUGACCUUUUCUGUUGUUUAUAUAAGACGUGUCUUAAAAAUGCAUUUUCUGCUUUCUUUUAUUUACGUAUAUUUGUCUCAACAGACAAAAAUGCACCCAAUACAUUUUUUUCAAGUCUAGGCGUAUAAACGCUAAUAACAAAUAAUUGCCAUCAGUUUAAUUACUAUCAGGCGAUUGUCAUAAUUGUGACAGGCCUACAGUUUACAGUUUGUCUUUAUGUUCAUGUUUCAUGUCAUGUAUUAUCCUAAUGAUAUUUAUCAUGUAUGUAUUUGAAAAGUCACACUCGGGCUAGAUACAGAUACAGUUUCAUCAACACAGUAUAUUUAUUUUAAACUGAAAACAAUCCCUGCAUAAUGUGCACUACAGUUUCUUACCAGGUUGAAUGGGAUGUUUGGCAGUUGUGUAAAGCUCAUCCAACCUCGCAACAAUUUUGUGGGCGGAGCAUGGAUAGAUCAGUUAAACACAUGUUAAAGUGAGGGUGUUAAUCUGGGUUGGAAACUACAGGAACAGUGUUGCAACAGUUAUGCAGUAUGUUUUAGAAGUGCCUACUUAUUCUCCUGAACACACUGCUUCACAUCUGUUGAUGUUUUUGGUAAAUAUGGUUAAUACAUUAAUCUUUGCCUUGUGCCUUAACUCUACAAUCUGACUUUGUCAUGUUCUUUUUUAUAUUUUUUGUUAAACCAUUUCAGUGGUGAUAAAUAUGUUAAUAUUGUGUAAUUUUGUUAAAGAUGAAAAGUAAAUAUUUUGAUAAGCUGGAUUGUGUGUUUUGUGCAUGUGUGUGUGUGGCUAAAUAAACCAAGACUACAUUUAUGCUCAAUAAA